AUGGUCCAAACCCUACAAGAGAAUGUUUUGGACGUCCAAAAUCUUCUCGACGACCUCCAGACAACUCCCGCGGCCAUGCCAGCCAGUGCCACACCACUCUCAAGUUUCAUGGCACAACAACCGGGUACGCAGGCCGGCUCACGGCUCUCUCAGCACACCACGGCCUCCUUUGAGUCCUGGAGUAAUCUACGAGACACAUCUCGUACGACUGUGACGAUGCGCUUCCAAGGCCACAUUGCCGCAUUCGCCACCCAGGCCCGGCCGUCCUCGCGUACCAGUCACGGUACACCGUACAACGGGCUCGUCCCCAGAAAAACAAGACUCGGUACAUGA